CAGUUUUCAUCAAAUCGACAAUGUCUGUGGACCAGUUGUUGAUGGAUGUCCACAAUCGCGACACUUUAAGAAUUUUGACUUAGUUCCUUUGACGAAUUGCUUUAAGAUUAUGAAAUGGAUAAUAAUUUUUUGUGAGGUGAUUAACAUUGGAUUUAGUGGAAUUGUUGAAUUUUUAAUGGAAUUAAGUGAAAAUUAAAGUUUGAGAAAUUUUAUAAAUUUACCAAAUGGAUUAAAAAAGUUUUUGUGAACCAAAAAAUAAAGUCAAGUGAAUUGUGAUUAAAUAAAUAAAAACAGCUGCGUUAAGAAUAGAGACACAACAUCCACCAAAGAAGCAGAAUUAAUACAUUCAUCAUCAUGAAAAUAUAUUUUCUCGUAUACACACUGGAUACAUAAAAUAGAGAGAGAGAGAUCGAGUUGAGGACAAAGAAGGAAGUGAAUAAACAAAAAAAAAAGCUCAAAGUAAAUAAAUUAUGAGAAAUGCGGUAACUAAAGCAUCGGAAGUAAAAAGACAACCCCAAAGGGAAGAAGAUGGAUAAAUCACGGUACAAACGUCCGCCGGAUGUUGACGAGGCUUUAUCAUCAAUGCUGUGGACACCGUAUGAUCAAACUGUAAAUACCUCAUCAUCAUCAACUGAUUCAUUAUCGGAUGAUGAGCGUGAACGGGAAAAGCGGAAGUUAAAUCGAUACUCGAAUCCAUUGCCGAGCUCAUUAAAUUGGUGGAAUAGUCACGUAUCGAACAUACAUCCAACAUCAUUAAGAUAUAGUUUUCCUUUCUACGGAAAUUACCUGCCGCCAUUACCACAACAACAGCAGCAGCAGCAAUAUAGCAGUAAUACAGCAACAACAAUCACAUGCACACCGCAUGAUAAUGAUAACAUGACUGCUUCAUCAUUAACCUCACCUACCGCAUCAUCAUUAUCAAUAGGAACAUCAUCGACAGUAACCGCAAAGAGACUUUCAUCAGGAACUCUUGAUAUGGAUAAUAACAGUAAUGGACACAAUGUCAACACCUCUCAGUAUCCGACAACAAUGAUUCACUCAUUCACAGACGAUUUCUAUCAGUAUCAGCAUCAACAGACAACAGCAGCAGCAUUGAAGAGCCACCGGCAACAACAAUAUCCUACCAACUGUCAAUCAACGCACAAUAAUAAAAAUUGUAAAUCGCAACCCUCGCUGUAUAAUAAAAGCAACACACAAAUAAUCGAUACUACUCACCUGGUCGCCUCCACCUCCAACUCAACUACAUCAAACAUAACGACUUUACCAAUGCAAUUUAAUCAUCAAAGAAAUAUGAAUGUGAGAACAGUAUCGGCAAACAUAUGGCAAAACAAUAAAACUGGCAACAGCGGAGACCCAUAUUCGUCCUCAUUGUACAACAAUCAUGUGGAGCAACAACAAGCAUGCACAAACACGUAUCAAAUAAUGGAAACAUCAACAUUAAGUGGAAAGGUCACUCAACCAACAUCGAGCAUAAAUUGUGUACGAAGGGGAAAUGAAGCAUUGAUAAAACAUUCGGAAACAUUGUCGAUGAGCGGUGGAAGCAAUGCGAUGGCAACAAAACAAAUCAGUCACGAUUUGAAUUCUAACGAGAACACAAUUUACGCGCUUAGUGAAAAUAAUAAUAAUAAUAAAAAUAAAUAUUCUCAUGACGAGCAAGGGAAUAAUCAGCAAAAUGAAUAUCGUUUAAUAUUGCUAAAUAGAAAUAUGAAUGGUGCUGAUGAGUGUAAAAUUUAUCAUAAUAAUAUAAUUAAUAAUACUAGUGAUAAUAAUGUAGUGCAAAUGCCAUCAUUAUCAUUAUUAAGUCAUCAUCAUCAUCAUAAUAAUAAUAUUCAUCCACAAAUGCCUUCUUCAUCACAACAUCAACAAAAAUUUGUACAUACGCAAAAGUUUACAAAUAAUCCGGUAUCGUUAACUACUAAUAAUGUAUCAAAUGAUGUACAAUUCGAUGCAUCGACGGCAUUACUUAAUGUUCCCUGUACCUCAAGUGUAUUAUCUUUUCAAAAUUAUAGUAAUAAUGAAUAUCAAAUGACCACCACGGAAGCGGUCGCAUCAACAAUAAAUAAAUAUGAAUAUGAUAAUAAAUUGACCGUUGAUGCGAAUAGUAAUAGUGUAGAUGUGCAAAAGAUGAUGAAUUGUGUGAAUGUUGAAUGUUAUAUAAAUAAUACUAGUAAUAAUAAUAAUAAUGAGAAUAUUGAUAACGAAUUACAAAGUUCGGAAAAUAAUGAGCAGACCACCAUGAAUGCACAGACCACAGCUUCAGCAGACAAUUUAAUUAUCACAAGUGCCAUAGAAAAUAUCUCUACAGCAACAACGGCAUCAACGGCUCAUGGUACGCCAAAUAAAACAGAAAAAUAUUCAAAUGAUAUCAUUACGAUGCGCGAAAAACGACGUCGAGAUCGUCGUGAUCGAAGACUGGCACGUACUAGGGCAUUAAAUGGUAGUGGACAGUCUGAAAUAUUACCUGAUGUACUUAAUAAUCCACGACCACCACCAUAUUCAAGUCUACCAUCACAACCGAUUAUUCCAUCAAUCAUAUCGACAGUGCCUGUUAAUGAUACACGAUAUAGUUUCUCAUUACCAUUGGUUCGACGAUCAACAUCAGAUCGCUCAGGUAAAGACUGUUGUGGUCAGUGGUUCAAUGGACCUCCAUUAAGAUUUCUUGUAGCUCUGGUUGCUCUUGGUGGUGUGGCAUGCACACUUGGUGGUGCGACUUUGGGAUCAAUUGCAUUAGCUGGUUCACCGACAUCACAUCUUACAGCUGGAUUGCUGAUGACUGGUGUUGGAAUAGUCCUCGUAACAAUCAGCGGAGUUGCAUGGCGUAUGACAACAUCAGAUACACAUCAAUGUACAGGACGAUGCGGUAGACGUCAAUGUAGUCGUGGAAAUUCUUCAUUUGGUUUAUUAUAUCCUGAAUUUCAACAUAGACCACCACCACCAUCAUAUCAAGCAAGCAUGCAAGAGCACCGACUGCGGAUAAUGAUGUUAGAUCGGGAAAGACAAACAUCAAAUACACGCGCUUCACCACCGCCCUCAUAUCGUUCGAAUACUGGUACACUUUUGAGACCACCGAUUCAAUUCCAAAGACAGAAUCAGCAUCAACAAAAUCAACAUUCAAGCAAUGAAGUACAAGUAGAAGUUCCAAUUGAUGAAUCCACAUUAACAAAUGAUGCGAGUACAUCAGCAGCUGCCACAACAGCGUACAUGCAGUUGCAUCAAUCACCAACAUCAUCAUCAUCGCAGACAAUUACGACAAUCGCAUCAAUUAAUCGACCGGAUGAUAAUGACAAAGCGUUAUCGAUGAUAUUGCCGCGCGAUGUGACAUCAUUUAUCAAGAUUAAUGAAAUGACAGCAAAAUGUCACAGGAAUUCGACAAAAAAGUCACAGAAUGAGGAUGUGACAGUAAAUUGUAACAGUAGAAAUAAAAUUAGUAAUUGUAGUAGUAGUAAUAAUAAUAUUGAGAGUAGUGACAGUAGAUGUACAAGUUAUAUUGAUAGGCACAGUAAUUGUAAUAAAGAUUUUGACCAUCACAACCAUCAUCACGUUAAUAGAGCCAGUAAAAUUGAUAAUGUUAAAGGAAGUGAAGAUUAUAAUAUUGAAUGUAAAAAUGUAAAUAUCAGCAAUAUGACGGAACUUAAUAAAGCACUGAUGUCCAAUUCACAUGUGUCGACAUUGCCUCGUAGCACACAAACACGUGCGAGCUUUCUCGAUCGUGACAGAUGUGAAAUGGGCAUUAGGUAAUAUUUAAUUUGAAAUAUA